AAAAAUUGAGAGGAGUGGUUGUAAGACAGUCUCUUAGCCUUAGAAUCUUAUCCUUAUAUAUUGACUACCCUAGUAACAUAACAGCAUAUUCACCUCAAAGAUUUCAAAAGCAACAAUGAAAUCUCAACAAUCCCAUAACCAACUUCAUGUCAUUUUUCUUCCAUUUCCAUUUCCUGGCCAUAUGAAUCCCAUGAUUGACACUGCAAGGCUAUUUUCCAAACAUGGUGUUAAUGUUACCAUCAUCACCACACAUGCCAAUGCUUCAACCUUCCAGAAAACCAUUGACACUGACUUCAAUUCAGGAUAUUCCAUCAAAACUCAUCUCAUUCAGUUCCCUUCAGUUCAAGUUGGUCUCCCUCAUGGUGUUGAAAACUUCAAAGAUGCCACUUCCCUUGAAAUGGUUGGUAAAAUCAAGCAUGGAAUGUCGAUGCUUCAAGAUCCAACUGAGAUUCUGCUUCAAGAUCUUCAACCAGAUUGUCUAGUCACGGAUAUGAUGCUUCCUUGGACUGUGGAAGCAGCGGCAAAACUAGGUGUUCCAAGGAUUUACUAUUAUGUCUCAAGCUAUUUCUCAAACUGUGCAACUCAUUUUAUCAUGAAGUAUAGACCUCACCAUAAUUUAGUUUCUGAUACACACAAAUUUACAAUUCCUGGUUUGCCUCAUACCAUUGAGAUGGCCCCUCUGCAACUAAGUGAUUUUUUAAAGGAAAAGAAUGCUACCACAGCUUAUUUUGAAUCAAUUUUUGGAUCUGAGAAAAGAAGCUAUGCAACACUAUACAAUAGUUUUCAUGAACUUGAAAGUGAUUAUGAGAAACUUAGUCAAACUACAAUGGGGAUCAAAUCAUGGAGUGUGGGACCAGUUUCUGCAUGGAUUAACAAAGAUGAUGAUGAAAAAGGUAAGAGAGGAGACAUUGAAAAAGAGGGAGAAUUGUUAAAUUGGCUUAAUACUAAGACAAGUGAGUCUGUUUUGUAUGUAAGUUUUGGAAGCCUUACUAGACUUUCUUAUGAACAGAUUGUGGAAAUAGCUGAUGGACUUGAAAAAUCAAGUCAUAAUUUCAUUUGGGUUGUUAGAGAAAAGGAUAAACAUGAAGAUGAAGAAGGUUUUCUUCAAGGUUUUGAGAAAAAGAUGAAAGAAAGCAAAAAGGGCUAUAUCAUAUGGAACUGGGCACCACAGCUUUUGAUAUUGGGUCACCCUUCAACAGGAGGGGUAUUGACUCACUGUGGUUGGAACUCAAUUCUUGAAAGCUUGAGUGUUGGUUUUCCGAUGAUCGCAUGGCCAAUGUCUGCUGAGCAAUUUUACAAUGAGAAGUUGAUUGUUGAGGUUUUAAAGAUAGGAGUUUCAGUAGGAUCAAAAGCGAAUGAGUUAUGGCUUAACAUUGGUGAAUACGAAGUGGUGAGAAGGGAAGAGAUUGCAGAGGCUGUUGAGAUUUUGAUGGGAAGCGGUGAAGAGAGCAAGGAAAUGAGGAUGAGAGCAAGAAAGCUUGGUGAUGCUGCCAAGAGGAGUAUAGAAGAAGGUGGACAUUCAUACAACAACUUGCUUCAGUUGAUUGAUGAACUGAAAUCAUUAAAGAUUGCAAGAGAACUUGAAAAAAAGAAGAUUAGAUAAUUGAUUUUAUGUUAUUGCUGUAGGAGUUGCAGAUGGUGUGAUUUUAUUAUGUUUUUUUGAUUUUGCAAGAUGAUGAAUAACAUGCAAGUACUUUUGAAGCAAAUAAUUACCAUGUAGGAAUCUGUUAUUACUUGUGUCAUGUGUCGCUGGUUGGCAUAAGAUUUCAAAUUUACUAUAUAUAAUUUGCAUAAUAUGAACAUUUCUAAAAGCACUCAUUAUC